UUUUAACCCGUUUACCCGAACCCGGUUCGGGUUCCUUUUAGCGGUGGAGAUAAGAGAAACCGAUUUGAGUUCUUCAGGUGUCAGUAAACAUCAUACAACUUCAAGUCUUGAUUCAAUUACUUGUUGGAAGUGUUCUUCGUCUCUAACUUGCUGAGAAAUUCAUCGAAUUUGUUGAACAAUUCUUAUGGCGAUUUCGAAAGGUAGAUUGAAAGUUUGGUUCGAUAAGAAGAUCAGUGAACCACUUAUCCAGAUCUUGCGCAGAGGUGCUGAGCCAAAGCAGCUGGCUUUUUCUGCGGCAUUGGGUAUUACCAUGGGAGUAUUUCCAAUCUGUGGUGUUACGGUGUUACUAUGUGGAGUGGCUAUUGCGUCGCUUGGAUCUCUUUGUCAUGCUCCAACUGUGAUGUUGGCUAACUUCAUUGCUACUCCAAUAGAACUAAGUCUUGUGGUGCCUUUCUUACGACUUGGCGAAAAAAUAACCGGUGGACCUCAUUUUCCUUUAACAUCUGAUGCCCUAAAGAAGGUUUUCACAGGCCAAGCUUCCCGAGAUGUUUUUUUAAGCAUUGGAAAUGCGGUAAGGUUCUUCUGUCUUAGCUUAGUGGUGUAGAUGUUGGUGAUUUCUAUUUGAUGCGAAGCUGCUCAUCGCAUUUCCUGCCAGAAUCUUUAGGUUCAGUAUCUUCCAAGUGGGAUUUUCUCUAGUAUGUUGUCAUUUGUCAGUGUUUUUCAAAUCUGAAGAUAAUAUUGGUUUCCUCUCGUGAUUUAUGUCGAUGACAAGUUGGUUUGGGUUGUCAUAUAACUGGCUUAAAACAAGAACUUAUUUAUGCAGCUACUAGGAUGGCUCAUAGCGGCACCAUUUGUGAUCGUUGCACUAUACAUCAUGUUUCUCCCAUGUUUCAAAAUACUUGUCCGCAAAUUCAGCUCUGUUGAUUCAACCGCAAAGACACCUACAAAGGAAAGGAUCGCGUAAAAUGAAACAGUUAUCGGUUUCAACAAAGCUAGAGCGUUGGAGAUCCUAUGACCUCAUGUUCCUGCUAUAUCGAUACUGAGGUCCGUGUUUGAGUUAUCUGUAACAAUAAACCUCCCUGUAAAUUACAGUGUUUGAAACAGUUUAGGCCUUAGAGGGAGAAUGUCAAAGGAAAAUAUAGAAGAUAAGUCAUGUACUCAUAUUCAUGUCCAACUAAAUAUAUAAUGAGAAAGGCAAAUGAAUGUUUUCAAGACAA